GCACGGGCGCCUAAGCGGCCCUGGAAGUGGCGAGGAAGCGGCCAUGGCCAUCACUGCCAUGGCGCCCCGUCAGGUGAUGGUGGAGCUGUGCCAGCGUCGCUACGGACGAGUUCUGACCUCACUGCUGAUGGGUUUGCCGUUGCGGCCGCCUUCGAAACUGGAUCUUCUAGGCAAUGUCCACGGAGGGCUACUCCAGCAUGAGCUGGCGCCAAUUCUCGAGGCAGCGCGCAAGGUCGGGGCUGCCGUUCUUCCCAUUGACCGGCCGCAGUCCGCCAUUCGGAGUCGAGUUGCCCACAGGCUUUGGCAUCCGAAGCUGCUCCAAGGUCUGCUGUCCUUUGCUGGCUUCUCCUUGCGGAAGCAGCGUGACGCGCUGUCGCCCGCCCUACCUUAUGAUGCCGACGAGAUCCGCCGCGAGUUGGAACGUUGCUGUCCCGCAGCGCACGACGUCCUGAUUGAUGAGCGCAGCAUGUAUCUGGCGCAGCAAGUGGCCGUGUCCUCGGUGCCGGAUGUUGAUGUUGCUGUCGUAUGCAGUGCGCCGGUGAGUGCUCACCUGGCCAGUGCACUCCGAAGGGUACCUGACAUGCAGAAAGCCGAGGACCCUCAAGCUGGAGCCACAAUGCUUUUGAAGCUCGCGAAGCGUGGAGUACCCGUAUGGCCACUUUACUUGUUUGCCUACGGCCUGGUCCCUGCUGGCCUCGCCAUCUUUGCAGGAGUCUGCUUUUGGGAUUCCUUCCUGUACCCCGCUCUCUUUCAGGACACGCAGGAGGUAUCCUCCAAUAAUGCCGCUUAG